AUGAUGCGGACAAGAAACCGAGGUCAGAAAAGAUCUAUUGUAUCAUCGCUAGGAUUGGGCCCAAAAUAUAGCAAACAUAAAAGUGUUGUUGAUCAUAAGUGCUCUGGUUCAAAACGAGGUCGUACUAGUGCCUUAUUUUUACGGAGUCAACCAAGAACUCGUUGGUCAUCCGAGGUUACACGAACUUGUGUAGGGAGCAACCUGGGAAGACCAAGAAUACGUAAGCGCGGUAGUCGGGGUCUUUGUGGAAGUAGUCGUUUGCCCUGUACGGUACACUUGGAAUCCAAAACUUGCAGUUUUUCAUCUAAUCCUAUAAUGCAUACCGUGUAUGCUACGCGAACAAAAAGUAAAGGUUGUGACUCAUUUUCUUCGAUAAAUAACAGUUCAACUCUGAGAUCUUGUCUAAGCGAAAUAAAAGUAGAUGAGUCCAAGUUUGAUCUGUCGAAACCUAGUGUUGAGGUCGAGCCAAAACUUUACACUAGUAAUCCACCUGGUAGGCCAAUUAGUAGGGGAGUCAAAAGAGGACGUCCACGAUUCUCUAGAGGUCUUCCUAGGUCUAUUUGUGACACCGGAGCUAAUUCGACUAGGCAGUCGGUAGAUUUAAUAGCUAGCGGGACCACUGUCCAAAGUAGCUUCCCCAAGAAAUGUGAUUCUCCAAUACACAAUACUUCUGUUAUUGACUGUGUAGACCCGGAAAGUACAUUAAGGCCCGACAAACCAAAUGGAGGCAGCUACAGAUUUGACGAUAACAGAUCAAACGUUAAAAAAGAUAGUGAAGUUUCUGCUAAUUUACCUUUACCAACGAAACGACGACGUGGAAGACCUCCUCUUAAGCUGUGUUCUGCACUACUUCCGAAAACCGGUGCUCCCAUAAAAUCUGAAAGCAAGGAAGUCACUCAAGAUGAAGUCCAGGAGUCAGUUUAUUUCCCCCAGGAUUCACAUCACUCAUAUCCAGAAAUCACUAAAGAACGGAGGUUUCCAAGUAUUGAUCUAGUGCGCACAUCAUGUACAGCCUCACCCUUUCAACUUCGUUUUGGUGCCACUGAUGAUGUUCUCCAAGAAGUGUUAAAUGAAGUAAAUGAGUAUGGUUUUGUAAAGUUGCCUGUCAAACGUAUAAGAAAAGAUCGUCAAAAACCUACUACCCCGCCUGGCAAGGUCGAUGAAAAUCAAUUUGUAAUGAGCUUCAAUUCUCCUUCUGUUGAAAAAAUUUUUGACUCCAUUUGCAAAGAAGACAGAUUAAAUGAUGACCUCGCUUCAAAAGAUUUAUUUUUAGCAAUGAGUGGCCUCUUGCGCCCAGGUGUUUGUGAAGUAUGGCGCAGACGACGGGAAGAUCGAAGUAAGCAAUUGAGUCGAAAUUUGAUGGGCCGUUUACGUCCUAAUCCUCGUCCACGACGAUACUCUGACAUGAUAUCUCAAAGUAGUCAUCAUUCCCAUAUUGAUGGUCUCAUCUCACUUGAUGGUAUUCACAAUAAUGAAAAAACUCGACAUCAAUCUACACGUUCGACUACUGUGUCAGCAGCGAGGUUGACUGCUGCUAAGAAGCUCAUUCGAGCUAAAUCACAUGUUCAGAGUAGCCUUCAGAUUACUCCUAUUAGGUCUCAAAGUACUGGAUAUGUAGAUGAAUUAUGUCUGGACUCAAGAGCAGGUCAGUCUGCACAUCGUACUGCUAAAAUGAACGUUUCUAUAUCAUCUAGAACUAGUCGCCAUCCAGACGUAAGUCAUCAUAUUGAUUGGAAGUUUUGUUAUGUCUCCUCAAGUAAGCAGAAUGAAGUCACAGGUUUUAGUAACAAUCUUCAGCGUCGCCAACGUCAAGCAAGUUUUACUUCAAAAGUUCGCAUGGAAAAUGUUGGUAACUUUUCACCUAUAAGGUCACUCGAUAAUAGACCUUGUGAUCUCGAACAGGAUAUUCUGGAAGAUUCUUGUGAUAUUCGCAAAACAGUCAUGGGAAACCAAAUACAACUAAAACCAGAAAGUAGGACUCAUCUUCAAAUUAGUAGUUCUAACGAUGCUGAAAGGUUCAAUUUAAAUUACAAUAAUUCCAUACAGUUAUCUGGUGAUCGGCGUCUCGAAAGACGUCGCAAAAAACGCCGUGCAAUCACAUUCCAGAGAAAGCGUCCAAAUGAACGCUUCUUGACUUCCCAUAGACGGGACAAUUGGUAUUCAGAAAAAACAUAUUUGCGUGACGAUUCUUCUGCAUCAUCUUCAACAUCCAAGUCUGGCAUAGUAGAUGCUUAUGGAAGGUCUUUUCGCCAAGCAAGGUGGUACCACCACCGUCCUUCAAAAAUUGGGCAUUCCGAACGAACAGGAUCAAGUUACUGUUGCCAUAGCGCUUUAGAGUCUCGUUCACCACGAAAGUCAGAGCGUUCAUUAAGUUCUCGGCGCAUCCAUACAAGUUCUAAGUUCAGUAGCCGCCGAAUCGUAUUACCAGAACCCAGUCAUAGUCAUGCGUCUCGUCAUCGCAUCCCUCGACGACCAGAUAGGAUGUGCCAACUCACUCUCCUUGAUCGUUUAGUCUUGGGACUAAAUUGUAGUGUGUCGCAAAAUGAUGAUGAAAUCCAUAUUAAACAACUUCAUGCAGAGGAAUUGAAUAUUCUUACACAACGUAUGAGCCGUACAGGUUUUUUUAUACAAUCUCUUGCUCUUCGACAAAAUGCUAACAACGAUGCUGAAUAUAACAUUGUCCUUACUUUCUCUUCUGAAAAUGAAGCAGGUAUAAGACGUACACGGUGUCCUAGUUCAUUGUUUCGCUCAAGGUUAGGUCCUCAUGAUAGAGCCUCUAUCUGUCGCUCUUUGUCCGUCUGCGAUCAGAAUGCCUGGAAAAAAGUCAAAAGUCACAAUCGUCCAAGGCGGAUUUCUUGUUUAGCCUCACGUCAUUCGUAUUUAUCACAUUCACGUCAUAUAAAUAAGUCCCAUCAUUAUAAAGACCCAAGUGAUUCUUCGUUGCUUGUUGGAUAUCAAAGUGAUUCGGGUUUACUUAUUCAUCGCUCAACAAAUUAUGUACGAGAGUUCCAUUCUGAUUGUGAGGAGUCUGGAACACACCGGUAUAAACACUUUGAAAAAUUGAGUGUCAGCAGGAAAAUCAGCCAUCAUGUUCUGUAUAAUGCUGAUAGUAAGCCAGGACAUUACUAUUCUGUUCUCGAACCGCUUGAUAAAGCUUCACUUCGGCAUCUGCAAGUCAACCCGUCUUCUGGCUCGACUAAGAUAGAAGCUCAUCGCUCUUGCCUACCACUCGAACUUAGCUAUAUAACUGGUAAUACAGACGUACAUAAACGCCCAACAACCUCGUCUCGCGUUUCAUCAGCGAAGGACGACGAACACAUUGUGACUUCUGAAGAGUCGUCGGCCAUUCAUAUCGGUAACUGUUCAAAUAUUAAUUCAAGUAAUUCCAGUCAUGGAGCUUCUAAACGUGAUGCUAACAUUUAUAUUGUUGGUGCCGUUCAAAACCUGCCAUUUCGCCGUCAUAGUCCGCGCAAAGUUAUUCGCAAGGUUUAUACUGGUAGUCUCACCAUACCGAAAAUACUUAAUCGCAAAAGAAUUCCUACUAAUCCAUUAGGCGGUCCGAGUGUUAGCAUGACAGUUACGUCUACCAAUUCUCUGACGAAUAAUUUAGCGACUAAUUCUAUCGUUAGCGCUGUUUCAUGUUCGACAUCCAGCAGUUCAGUUGGCCUAAACUCAUGUGCACCAACCCUUCUUUUCCAUGACGCUCAGUCGGUACCUAUUUAUUCUGCAGCAACUCAACUCAGACGUUUACAAGCUACUGCAACAUCGUUAAGUAUCGUGCAAAAUCCUGUAUCAACUACUGAGCAAUCAAAAAUAAACGUUCCUCCUUUAGCUGUUGUACCUUCAGUUAUAACUGAUCCACAAACUGUAACCAAAGUAAAGAUGCAGAAUUCCGAUAUCACAGCUACACUUCAUGACGCUCUUGAUCAACCGGAGGCAAGUGCAUCAGUUGAAACUACUAAUCACGAAGAUAUACCUACAGAUUACCUGUCAAGGUCUGUGUCUGUCGAACGUGUUACCAGUGAAAAUUACUGUGAACAGAAUAUCUCAAAAGCAAAUCCAGCUGAUGCUAACGAUUCCAUUACUAAAACGCAGGAAAAUGAAGUGGAUGUAAAAGAUUUCUUGUCAGAUGUGAUUUCUAGUGAAACUGAUAUGAAAAGUGUGGAUCAUGUAAUCACAUCCGGUACGGAUAUGUGCCCUUUAGGUAGCACUCCAUACAACGUAGUCAGUGCUACUAGUUCAUAUACUUUUGCUGCCGCAAAUUCAAUCAACGAUGAAGAAGCUAUUUUAGGUAUAGAUGAUUCCCAAACACCAGCUACGUCACUUAGUGCAAGUCAACUGCUCAAAUUGAAACGUCUUCAUGAUGAGGCUGGGCGACCAAUUCAACGAAGAGACUCCAAAUCUCCUCACUGCACUUCUCAUACACUAUCACAGUUCCAGUCUCCUAUAUAUCUACCUGCUCGUUCUCAAAAUCAGUCACAAUCACUCGAAUCAGAAGCAAUUGUCACACGGUGCCCACAAACUUCCCAGCUUCAACAAUCUCAGCAGUCCAUUCAUUACACCUCGUCAGUAUUGUCAAACACCACUGAGCUUAACUCCGAAUUUCGACCAUUCCCCUUGGAUUUAAAUCAAUAUCCUGCUCAUAAAAGUAACCCAAAACUUGAAAUAGAUGAUGAUGACGAUGAUGAUAUGGAAGAUUUUGAGCUCAAAAACGUUACGAAAAUGUAUGAACCUUCUGUUGCUACUUCAUUUCAGUCUUCUUCUGUACCGUCUCAUAAGUUAACGUCAAAUCGUUUUUUCGAUAACAGCGCCUUAUCUAGUGUACCAACAACUAUAUCUUCAGAACCAGAAGGUCUUCCUUUUAUGAGCGCUCACUGCCCUACAGUAAUGAGAGCGCCUUGCAUAAAUUGGCCAAUUGGACGUCCUACUUUUAAUCCCACACUCACAUGCAGCUUGAGGUUGCCAUCACAAUGUUUUAAUCCUUUAGCACCUGCUACAAUUCGUUGUUUUACGGAAGCAGACCAAAAUACAGGUAGUCGUAUUGUUGGUCAAAGUCUUUCUACAUCGCGAGCGUCAAUGAAUGAAAGUGUUGGUGAUCACUUUUUACUGUCAGACAAACCCUUCAUUUCCUCUUCCACAUCUCCUAUUUUUUCUAGUUCGGUUGGAAUCCCUAUUAUGACCACUGCCCAAUCCUGUAAAAAUGCUUCUGUAUGCUCAGGGCAGCCCAAAAGAACAAUUGUCCACAAGUACCACUCUUUUAGGAAAAUUUUACCGAAAUCAGAUAGACCAGUCAUGCUACCGACUGCACCAGGAUUCAGCAUAUCCCCAUUCAGUACGAAUACCGCAGCACUAGGUAGAUUUUCAGUACCCAGUAGUAGUUUUGGCAUGUAUAGACCUGGUUCACUUAGUGCUAAUACUGUUUUACCGUGCGAAGUAACCACUAGCAGAACUUAUAUCAUGGAUAUCGGCACAUCAAACCUAACUAAUGAUGGUUCAUCAAUUCCAAUUCGACGCAAUUUGUGUGCUACUUCCUUAGCGCUUGUUGACUCAAACCAGUCAGUAUUAGCGACUAACCCAGCAUCUCAGUUGCUUAAAAGCCUGCUCGAACGUGACGAUUCGCGCUCUGCCACCGGUGUUGUUACAACAUUUGCUGCAGAAAAUAAUUUGUCGUUUUCUAUGUCUACUGUUGUUAGCUCUUCAAGCUCCACUUCUGGAAGUGGGACUACACUUUGGAAUCAGCCGGCUCAUCAGAGUCGUGGAACAUGGCAAUUAGGUAAACGAGCUGUUAGUAGUUCCAACCAUCGCUCUCCUUCAGAUAGUGCAUCUCUCAAAAUAUCUCAGUCUGUUUUCUCUACUUCAACCAGCUCUCAGCCUCACUUCUCUCCGAAUUCAUCAAAUCCCCCACCUAUUCUCCCACCAACUUUACGUUUGACACCAGGACCAACUUCUCGAUUGCAACAGCUUCAACAACAUUAUCAACGACAACAAGAGGCUCAAAGACGCUUCGAACAGGAUUCAUUGAGUAAACUAGGUGUUGCAGACAGUGUAUAA